CUGAUCCAAUAUUCGCAGAUCUUGUAAUGCGACAUAAGAAUAUAGCUCGGGGAGGACAUAGUCAUGCGAUUUUAUCCAAUUCGCCGAAUAGUUAGGGUAGUUUAAAACGGUUUCAGGGCGCACGCCUACGGAAUUCUAGAUUAUGUACACAUACUUCGAGUCUGUUGUUCGAUGAUGUUCAGUCGGAGUUUUGCUUCCGUCUCGUUGAUUCUUCCUUGUGACUCUGACUCGCAUCUGUUCGAGGCAUGUCGUCUCUGAUCGUGCAAUAUCGAGGACAUUCCUCCGUUAAACAGUUUAGAUUCGAACAGGCGAUUAUCAAUUAGAAAAAUCGAAGGUGAUUGCUCUGAAUCGGAGAGAAGAAUGUUGAUGGAACGUCGAAGAUUCAACAGGUACUAGAAGAGAUCUAAUUCGAACGUGCAGAGUGUUAAUACGAUUUUUUAUUGCGUUAAAGAUCUAUUUUUCUUUUUUUUUUUUUUUUUUUUUGGGACACUUUUAAUAACUGCUAUCGAAUCUUGUAAGCUGAUCCAGGAUAAAAUAACGUUGACCUCUUCGGGCUCGUUCUUCCUUCAACAAACUCUACUGCAAUGAAGCGAAAUUGAAGACCAACGGAGUGCAUCAGUGCAGACGAACCUACAGAUUUGCAAGCGCGCUACAUGAAAGCAAACGAUGAGGCGCUAUCGAAUUUGGAGCCGACCAGCUCGGAUAAAACGGACAAGAAUGAAGAACAACCUGUGGUGGACGAACCGCUAGAUAACAACCCGAAACCAACGCUAGACAUUGUAUCAGAUGCGAAUAUAGUUCAAGGAACAGUUCAGCCGAGUUUAGAACUUCCACCGACGUUACACGAACGAUUUAUGCGAAUCAAGCAAAUAGUGAAAGAUGCCAUAGCUGCGCAUCACACGUUUAUGGUGUACGGAAGGGCGCGAGUGAUUCGCGAAUGCAUGUUAAGACGAGGAUGGUGCGAAAAGUUCUUCAAAAAGAAUACCAAUGGCGAACAACAUUUUAACGUGGAUGCAAGUCCUGUCGUAUUGUUGGCUGGUAUCGGCGAUUUAAGGGAUCAGCAAAGCGAGCGCCUAUUGAUCUCUAGAAUGCUCACUAAUCACACCGUGGAUUUUCUCUGGAACACAGGAUCGGAAUGGCCCGGUUGGCCAGCACAGGACAACAAAACGACGAUCUUUAACAGAUAUUGUCGGGCAGGAUUCACGUCGAAGGUGGGUUUAUGUUCGAACGUCAGACAAAUGCACUGGUAUUACGAGGCUGGAGUGGCGAACACACUUUUUCCACGUUGCUAUAAUUUAUGCCAAGGCGAUCAGAUGCACGCUUUCGUCGAAGACUUUCGAUUCACAGCAUGUCUAGGUCUGUUAAAAUGGUUAGUUAGUAAGAUCAACAACGAAGGUGAAAACGCAGUUAGAGCACCGACUGGCACGGUGCCCUUGAAGGCGUUAGAGUUCGCAAUUAAACGAUGCAGCGAUUACAUUAGCGCACAAUCGCACGAGGAUAUCGACCAAGAAAUCGAAAGGGUUUGGGUGCAUCAAUGGGAUCAGUUUAUCAGCUGGUACUAUCAGAUCGUUCAUGGUCACGCUCUCUUUGUUCGAAACAAUGUGCCAUUUCAAAAAUUCUUCUUGGCGUCGAAGCAUAUCCUGAAGAAGAUGAAGAAGUACUGGCCACAAAUCGAUAUGGACGGUGUGAUGAACGUGUGGAUCAUGAAACCGGGAAAUAAAAGCCGAGGUCGAGGAAUCGUUCUGCUGAAUAAACUGGAAGAUGUCAUGGCGAAGAUGAAUCCAUCGAAUAAAUCAGACACGCGCUAUGUCGUACAAAAAUAUAUUGAACGGCCAUUACUCAUACACAGCACUAAAUUUGACAUCAGACAAUGGUUCGUCAUUACCUGCGCCCAGCCCCUAACUCUUUGGAUAUACAAGGAAAGUUACCUGCGAUUCUGCUCCCAGAAAUUCAGUUUGACGGACUUCCACGAGUCGAUUCAUCUGUGCAAUCACGCGAUCCAGUGCAAGUACACGAAUUGCGGCGAUAGAAAUGCUGCGUUGCCCUCGGAUAAUAUGUGGGAUGCUACGACCUUCAAAGAGUUUCUCAAAUCUCAAGGACACGACAAAGCGUGGGACGAUAUAAUCUAUCCUGGGAUGAAGCAAGGCCUGGUUGGCUCUUUGUUAGCUAGUCAAGAAGCUAUGGACCGUCGAAAAAAUAGUUUCGAACUCUAUGGCGCUGAUUUUAUGGUUAUGGAUGACUUUUCCGUAUGGCUGAUCGAAAUCAAUAGUCAUCCUGACAUGAGUUACUCGAGCAAAGUUACGACACGCCUGUGCAGACAAGUUCUCGAGGACACUAUAAAAGUGGUUAUAGAUUAUCGAGAAGAUAAAAACGUUGAUACAGGACAGUUUGAGUUGGCUUACAAACAAAGGAUGCCAAGUUGUCAACCAUAUUUAGGCGCAGCUCUAUCUCUUCAAGGGACUAGAAUAACUACUUGUGGGAAGAAAGCUAAUUUAAAUAAUCAGGAAUCGAAAGUUAGUCUCGUUUCGAAGUCCCCGAUGACUUGUUUAACGAAGAAGAAAUCGACUGUGCACAAUCAAAUCGGUCCAGUGAUCGUAGAUUUGAUCGAAGAAUUAGAAAUACAGCUUGACCAAGAAUUUUACGCUUACUACAAAAUGGACUCGCCUAAGUUAAGGCAAGCUCUACCAACGAGUGCACCUCCAAAGCCCUUAAUAACUGCUGUGCUGAUCGAUAAGCAGGAAUCGACCGUGAAAAGUGCACCUGUGGUUGGCCCGGUACCCAACGUUAAGUCAAAAUUCCCUACAUCCGUUCAGGAAAAAAUUGGCAAUAAUCAGAAACAUAUGGCGCGCAUGCCGAGAAAAUCGCACACUUUCGCUGGACCAGAUAGCAGUAAGGCAGAAUCAUCUCCGGUAUCGCAGUCUUUGGUUACCAAGAUUAUGGCUUUUCAGAAACAAUCUACAAAAUUGGUUCCAAAAAUAGAAAAACCUUUGAAGUCAAACAAUGAUAAGACGGUGAUACGAGAUGCCAUUAAAAAGUACAAGAGGAAUACUCCUCAUCUGUCCACCAUAACUCGGGAGACACCAACGUUGCCGUCUCUUCUAACUACAAACAAAGUUGGUCAAGCAGUGAACGUGAAAAAUAAAAAUCGUAACGUCCCAAAAAAAUAUCCUCGUCAAAAGAAGAAUAAGAUUUUAUCAGACAUCACGGACAUGUACGCCGUUGGUUUAAGGUUAACUAAGUGAUUGAAAAUGUCUUUGUGAUCUGCACUCGUUACUCUUCCAUUGUUGAUCUAUCCUUAGAGUCUAUAUUUGAACGUAUAUUUGAACUGAACUGUAAAUGAUCAAUAAAAAACUAUACUACCGACCGUUAAGAUCUUCCGAUUUUUUACUCCCUGUAAGAAAAUACCGAAACAAAAUCUAAUCGACUUCUUCAAAUCGAAAAAAAACAUGAUUUGACAUUAAUUAACCAACAUCAAUGGCAACUUAAAAAAAAAAUCAAAAUUAUUAAAGUGGAACAGUCAGACAAAUGGAGACCAUCGUUCUCCAAAGAUUCUCCUCUAAAUUCGAUGAUUAGCUGUAAAAAAAUUAAGCGAUAUACGUUCUUUUUGUCCAUACUUGUCACGUGGAAUGGAGUACGUCGACUCAUCUUGGAAUUCUGGAGGUACUGCAACCGCCGGCUAUUCGCCUAAUCAGAAAGAUACCAGUCAUACUCUUCUCAAUGAAGAUGAUUUUCAAUGCACAUUUUUUCGACAAUCCAAACGCAAAAUCAAGGUACGAUAUAUUGCGAAAGUUAACUCUUAAAAGCCAUCGUUAAGUAAAAGAAAUCAUGUUAAUGUUAUGAUGCAUCGAAUUUUAACCCGAUACGUCUGUUUUUAUUUCAAUUAAAUUUCACCAAGUCAAAAAAAUCAUACUGUGAUAAUGUCAUUACGGACGACUGCUAUUAUCAGCCACGGUGUAUGAGCGUUUAGGGAAGAACAAUUAACCGUUCUACACAUUCCAAAUCCAACAGCGACAAGAAAAACUUGAGCCCUAAUGAAAAAGUAUGUGAACGAGUACAGCACAGUCUGUACUGAUAAAAUGUUAGAAAAUGUCUGGUCUUAUAAAAAAGGUCUCACCUGUCCGGAUUGUCCGAUGAGUUCUCUCUAGUUUGCUCAGAACACAAGCUGAUUGACUGUUGUCAAACAUUAGUUUUUCAACUAACAGCAUCCUUUACGUGUCUUCACCUGGUAAAGGUGAGGUGGUAGCAGAACUGACGCGAGGUGUUCGGUUUCGGAAACGUGCGAAUAUCUCACUUAGUUCGUUUAAUAUUAUUCCGGACGGAACAAUAUUAAAACAAAAUUCCUCGGUGCAAUGAAACUUCGUGCCUUUAGAAGGCGAAUCUUGUCGUUUAACUUGUCGGUCUACUGAAUCACUCCAAUUUUCCCUUACCAGCCAGGCACAUGCCACUCGCGGUGGUCAGACGAAAAUUCGAUCUCGUUCAAUUUGUCCGACACUUGCACCGAUUCGGAAAGCGAGUUUGACGAACAAGUGCACUCAACACCGUAUCUACCAACGAACUCCAGUGGCACGUACACGAACGAUGAUCACAUUUCCAAGCCUAACGGAAAAGCACUCGAUGCACCGAGAGUAACAUUUAAUCAAACGUUAUAUAUUCACUCAGACAGAAGCCUGAAAUCCUGUUUGCAGAAAGGAUCGAUGCGAAGAGAAAUUGAAAACGGUUUCACACAAAUCGUACGGUUAACGAAAAAGAGAAACUGCUUGAGAGAGAAAAAUGAUCUCAAGAAUAACUAUAGCACGAGAUUCUGUACGUCGCGAUUUCCUACGAAAUGUGAGAAACAAAUAGCGUUGAAAGACAAAAUGUUUCUUGAAGAACGUAUGAAAAAUAGUAGAAACGCGCAGUCAGGUAAAAUUUGAAGGAAAUUUAACUUCUUUUCUCUCUAUAUUAUCUUUGUAACGUGUUUGAUAUAUUCCAAGGCAUACAAAGUAUUCUCCGUGGUACUAAGAGGUCAUACGAUUCCACGAAUAUCGCACAGAACGACAGAAGUAUUUGCAAAAGAAAGAAACUGAUUGAAAAUAGAAUCGUGAAGAAUAGACGUUUGCUAAAGUCUGUAGCAGAAAUGAUACGUGAGAUGAGUCUAGAAAUUCCUCUUCGAAUGGACUUCGAUUCGAUCCAAAGUAUCAAGAAUACAGUUGCAGAGACUGAUCUGACGAGAUUGGAAGGAGAAAAAGUACAAGCGAAAAGCCCGAAAAAAAUUAAGAACAGUCAAGCAAUUAAGGUGGAAUUGCAAAGGCCAAUUUUUAAAAAGGCCAACGUGGAAAAAUUGUUGGACGACUCCAUGCGUGAAGCCGUGAAAAAAUAUAGAGCAUGCAGAAAUACGUGGGAUAGUAUAAAAAAAGAACAGUUUAUAAAAGCUUAACAAAAAAAAAAAAAAAAACAUUUUGUUUACUCCAAAUCAUGAACAUAGAGCAAUAUCGAAGCACACUUAUCGAUUGUCAAUAUCAUCAUCGAAUGGUGUCAUUUUUGAACGAAAGUUUGUCAACUAAAUUGAGAUGUAGAAAGAUUGACGCGACCAAAACAUGUUAAAGUAUAAAAAUAUAGAAAUUUGUUAUUGAAAAGAUUCCACGAUGCGACAAAAGAAUGAUUAUGUAACUGUUUCGCAAAACGACAAACAAAUAAGUCAAAACGUAGAUCUCAUUACAAAUUCUAACUAUGGAUUAUCCGACAUCCAAGGAGACUUUAAAAUAUCGAAAAACGGAAAAUAUAAAUUGGAAGACUCGAACAUUGUAAAAACUAUUAAAACGCGCAAAUGGCAAAUUGUGUUAACCUCUCCCGAUU